AGCAGCAGUACACACUACCACCGGACGCUCUUCCUCGAUCCAUCAUUGCAAUCCCCGCUCGGCCUGGAGAGAUCCGACCGGCCCACACAGGCACGACGACAACGACGACCACGACGACGAGCUCAUCCGCCUCCGCCUCCGCCUCCGCCUCCGCCUCCGCCUCCACCUCCACCUCCACCUCCUCAUCCUCACACGCUAUCAGGCAGCAUUGGAUUAACGCGACCACGAGUCCCACGCGAGAGAAAUGGCCGCAUCAACGGCGGCGACAACGGCGACAACGACCACUCAGCACGUGGAUCCCGAGACGUUGUAUACCAAGCAGACGUGCAUCGGCGGCGGCAGUUUUGGAAAGGUCUACAAGGGCGUCGACAAGCGCUCCGGACAGUCGGUGGCUAUCAAGAUUAUCGAUGUUGAGAAUGCCGACGACGAGGUCGACGAUAUCAUUCAGGAAAUCUCCAUCCUGUCCGGCCUCAACUCGCCAUAUGUCACCAAGUACUAUGGCUCAUAUCUCAAAGGCUCUGACCUGUGGAUCAUCAUGGAAUUCUGCUCCGGAGGCAGCUGUGGCGACAUGCUGAAACCAGGCGUUCUGCCUGAAGACUACAUUUGCAUCAUCAUCAGAGAACUGUUGCUGGGCUUGGAGUACUUGCACAACGACGGGAAGUUACAUCGUGAUAUCAAGGCAGCCAAUAUCCUGCUGGGUGCCAACGGCCAAGUCAAGCUGGCCGACUUUGGCGUGUCGGGACAAUUGACGGCGACGAUGACGAAGAAGAAUACGUUUGUGGGCACUCCCUUCUGGAUGGCUCCGGAAGUGAUUAAGCAAUCAGGCUACGAUCACAAGGCAGACAUCUGGUCUUUGGGCAUCACCGCGUUGGAGCUCGCAUUGGGAGAGCCACCCUACAGUGAUAUUCAUCCCAUGAAAGUAUUGUUCCUGAUACCGAAGAAUCCAGCACCCAUGUUGGAGGGCAAUUUUAGCAGAGAGUUCAAAGACUUUGUGUGGAGGUGUCUGCGAAAAGAGCCACGGGAGAGGCCUACGGCGCGUGAGCUUCUGAAGCAUCCUUGGAUACGAAAAGCAAAGCGCACUGCAUACUUGACGGAGCUGAUCGAACGGCAUGAGCGGUGGCAGGCUACUCACCAAGACGAAGAAGAGAGCUAUGAGGCCAAUUCCACGGACGACUCACCAUCGCAGAAUGCAGAGGACGAAGAUUUGUGGGACUUUGGUACAGUGCGUCCGGCUGGUCGACGUGGCCAUGCAGGUCCGGGUCUGCGGCCCAUGAAUGAGUCCGGCAUGAAUUCGAGGAGGUCUCAUGCGCCUCAUUCGCCUACCAGAAGGACCGUUUCGAACAAGGAGAAUAUCGAUGCCGAGCUUACAGAGACCCCAGGGACAGGCCAGACCAUGCGGGGCGCCAUGCUUCCUCCUCCACUGCCCAAAACGCCUUCACCAACGAAGCGAUAUGCGCCGCCCCUACCAUCACCAGGGCCUGCUGCCCAAGUUCCCUUGCCCGCAUCACCGACCAGAAAACCGAUUGCAGUACAACAGACUCCUCCACAGACGCCUCGGCGCGAGUCUGUGCCUCCAUCGCCCUUACCUCCUCCUGUCACGCCUGCUACUCCUCGACUGCUGAACGAUGACUACCUGCAGCAGAGCAUCGCGAGUGACAUGUCACAGUACAUGAAAGGCCUUGCGAUCAAGGAAGAGCCCAAAGCAGUGCCCCCAACGCAACAGGCAGCGUCAGUACCACUCGGGCUCGACGGUGUCGCUGCUUCGCAAGAACACGCGCAACGCUCUGUGGCUGCUUCUGCGACUUCAGUCAACAACCAGCUAUACCAGAAGCCUCUGCCAGACUUUGCACCUCCUGGAGUUGUCAAGUCAGAAACGAGGCCGUUGGAGCAGAGUCAGGAUUCGCGUCGAUCGUCUGUCGACUCCGCAUAUCAAACUUCGACGACAAACCACUCGACAAACCAAUCGCAACCAGCGGCCUCUUCAUACUCGCAGCAGGAUCAACAGGUGACGGCGCUCAAUUCUGUGGUGAUGCCGGCUCUCGAAGCCGCCCUCCAUCGUCGUUCAUAUCAACUCUCACUAUUGCAGCGACGACAUAAUGCCUCUCAGGCCAGCCGGUCUCAGACUGGCGGCGCGUCGGUGCUAUCCGCGGAGGACUUGCACCUCAAACGCCAGACGCAUGAGCAGAUACGGAAGUGCUUGAGCAAGGUUUCGCGGCUCUUCCGGGAAAUCGAUCAUUGGGACAGCGUGGCGCCAGUGGGCAUGGGAGAUGGUGUUGAUGGUUUAUUGGAAGGGUUCUUGGAGGAGGUCUUGUGUCGAGUCGAAGCGGAGGACGCUGUGCCUGGUGAGGAAGGUUAAAUUAGGAGGUAGAUCCAUCUGGGAGAGGCUGUGGUGGGAGGGCCCAAGCGGAGGGGGAUUGUUGUUGUUUGCAUGCGCUAUGACUUGAAUGAGGAUUGACUGAAAUGCAUUUACAUUACCGUUUUUAUGAGAGGUCGGUCAGUGAAG